CCGAGUGUUGCGUAGUUACGUGUUUCCGGAAGACGUGGCGAUCGCUAAAAUAAUAACGGUGCGGCGUUUCGCCUUGAUUCCUGCUCACACGGAAGCAAGUUCAGAGACCGCAAAAAUGAUCUCCUUAACAGACUCGCAGAAAAUUGGGAUGGGAUUAACCGGUUUCGGCGUGUUUUUCCUUUUCUUUGGGAUGAUCCUGUUCUUCGAUAAAGCUCUUCUCGCCAUAGGAAAUAUCUUGUUUGUUGCAGGCUUGUCCUUUGUUAUUGGAUUGGAACGCACUUUCAGAUUCUUCUUUCAGCGCCACAAAGUAAAAGCUACAAGUUUCUUUCUGGGAGGAGUAUUUGUGGUGUUGAUCGGAUGGCCGAUCAUUGGCGUGGUGUUGGAGAUUUAUGGCUUCUUCCUCCUUUUCAGGGGCUUCUUCCCAGUGGCAGUGGGCUUCAUCAGAAGAAUACCCAUUCUCGGGUCACUGCUUAAUCUCCCUGGUAUCAGUGGGUUGGUGGAUAAAGUCGGUGAAAGCAACGCCAUGGUAUAACAAAAAAAGUACAUUGUCAAAAAAUUGUCUCCGUGUUGUCACCACUUAUUUAAAUUCCUCAAUCAUAUUUGUAACUUGAUGCCCUUUUGGCAACCAGUGAAUGUCUGAAAUGAGAAUUUCCCGUGUUUGAGAAAAGGCAGUGUUUUUACGUGGCACAUGUAUUCGCCUUCUAAAAGCAAUGUGACCAAUAGAGAGCUGUUAUUUCUGGGAACUGAUCCACAGCCCAAAUUGGGCUCGGCUACUUUCUCCGCUGCAUACCUCCAUCAGAGAGGUAACACAGACUUGAACCAACAGAGGGUGUGUUUUGAUGAUGCACCUGUUGUCCAGCUUUUGAACGACCUGCUGUGGGACAAACAGAAGUUCAGUGCUAUUUCAUUCUUGGCUUUCCUUAUGCCGCUGUUACAGAACUGAAAGAUCUCCAUGUAUGAAGGCGUUACUGGAAAUCUGCUUGUUCAGGUGCCAACUGCUUUUUAGUGUGUUGUAUUGAAGCUGUUGCGAGAACAGCACACUGGAUGAGCCACAAACCUCAUCAUGUUACUGGCUCAGUGAGGAAUUAGUAGCUUUUGUGAAACACACGAUACUACGUCAAUGUAAAUACGUAUUUUAAGUAAUGUAUAAGACUUAUGUACAUUUUUUUACACAGAGACCGCAACAAUUUAAUAAACCUCUCAAUGUCUGUAAA